AUGAAUAACAAUAUUAGUAACUCAUUAUUUGCCGAGAUUAAUGAACAGGGCUUCCCUAUCUUGCUUCAUCUUGAUAAUCUCCGUGUUGCCACUGAGGCUCUGAUCUUUUUUCCUGCUGUCGCUUCUGUCUGGUCCUCGUUCCCCAAGUGGUGCCAAGAAGCCAUCAUGUUCUGCAUGAAUGAUGUGUUCAAGCCACAUCAUCAUGCCCAACUUGCCUUGACCAAGGCCCUGGACUCUCUUAAGGCCCAUCUCACCAAUGGUAGCUUUCCCCAGGUUGUUCUCUCUGCUGUUCCGGGAGUUAAGAAUUUUCAUAUGGACAAAACCCUGUCUAGUGAGGAUCAAACGAUGUUUUCUACUUCCAUUGAAAAUGCGUUACUUUCGGCUCGUUCUGCUAUUCUUAAAACCCUCAUAGAAAGCAAAGAACGUGCACUUCAGGCUCAUCAAUUGCAAGCGUCACCAGCUUUUGUCUUAGCACAAUGCCGUGAUAGAAUUUUUGAGUCAAUUUUGGCCAUGGGCGGUUCGAUUGAACAUCUUACCGAUGCCCAAAUUCAUGACGUGGUUCGUUCUUUGUGUCAUCUCAGAUACAACAUGAAUAAUGUACUGGAAACCCAAGCUUGGGCGAAAGUACAGGCCGAUCGAAAACAGCAAAAGGCAAAGUCUGCUGCAGAUACUAUCAUGGACUCCACCUCUGAUCUUCCCUCUGCCCAGAUGACCGAGUCAAUUGAGAAACUGGUCAACAAGACUGUCCAGUCUAAAAUCGCGGCUCUUGAUAAGAAAUUAUCAAAACUUUCUGUCUCCGGUUCUUCCUCUCGUCGCUCUGCUGCUUCCGCUUCCUCUUCCCGCCGUCCUCCUGCUUCCUCUUCUGCUUCGUCAAACAAGCAAGGCAAGUCCAAGACUUCUCCUUCGGGAAAAGGUUCUCGACCUUUGUCCGGCCCCGCCAAGGGUCGAAUCCAGAAAGGGGCUCCAAACCCUCCUCGUCGUCUUGCUCCCGGUCCCACCCCCUUCAACACCCUGAAGGGCAAAAGAGGCUAA